AUGAAUUUGUGCUCUGAUCUCAGCGACAAAGUAGACGAGAAGGUUUUGGAGGACUUGACCUUCAAUGUGAAGGAAAUACAAGCCAAUGUAUUGGAGGAGAUACUCACACUUAACGCUAACACCGAGUAUCUUUGGCGUUUUCUCCAUGGGAGCUCUGAUAAAGAGCUGUUUAAGAAGAAUGUUCCCAUAACGGACUACGAGGAUGUGAAGAUUUUUAUCGAGCGUGUCGCGAAUGGAGAGCCAUUUGAUGUUAUCUCUGGCAAAUCCAUUACCGGAUUCAUUUUAAGCUCCGGAACCUCUGGAGGAAAACAGAAGAUGUUUCCCUGUAACAACAAGUACUUGGAAAACGUGAAAUUCAUCUACAACUACCGUUCACACGUUAUAAGCAAGCAUAUAGAUGGCCUCGAGCGUGGAAAGGGGAUGGUGUUUAGCUUUUGCACACAAGGGAAAAAAACUCCAUCUGGUUUGCUAGCCUCAACUGGGACGACAAGCUUCCUCAAGAGUGAUUAUUUCAAGAAUCGACCACCAUAUUGGCAUUGGUCAUACACAAGUCCUGAUGAAGUCAUAUUGUGUUCAGACAACAAGCAGAGUAUGUACUGUCAUCUUCUUUGUGGUAUUAUUCAAAGAGACGAGGUUGUGAAGGUUGGUGCCUCCUUUGUCUCUUCUUUGGUCCGAGCAAUCAUUUUUCUUGAAAAUUAUUGGAGAGAAAUUUGCACUAAUAUCCGUUAUGGUCGUCUUAGCGACUGGAUCACUGAUAUUAGUGUUAGAGGAUCUGUUUCAAAGAUCCUUGGAGAACCUAAUCCUGAAUUGGCUGAUCUCAUAGAAAACGAAUGCAAACAGAAAUCAUGGGAAGGUAUAAUCCCAAGAAUUUGGCCUAAAACCAAAUACAUUGAAAGCGUGGCAACUGGUCAAAUGGCACAACACGUUCCAACGCUGGAGUUUUACUCUAACAAGCUGCCUUUGAUUUCGCCGAGUUAUGUUUCUUCCGAAACAAUGUUUGGAAUUAAUAUGAAUCCUCUAUGCACACCACAAGAUGUGUCUUACACGUUUAUGCCCAACUUGUCAUAUUUUGAGUUCCUGCUUGUUGACGCGGGUGACAAAGUCGAAAUUGUUGAUCUUGUGGAUGUCAAGUUAGGGUGCUAUUACGAGCCCUUGGUCACAAAUCAUUCUGGCCUACACAGAUACAGGAUGGGUGACAUUUUAGAGGUCACUGGAUUUUACAAUAAUGCACCUCAAUUUAGAUUUGUACGUAGAGGAAAUAUGGCUCUAAGUGUUCAUUUGGAGAUAACUACGGAUGACGAACUAUUAAAUGCGGUGACACAUGCGAAGAUGGUUCUUGAAUCAUCAAAUCUGAUGUUGGUGGACUUCACAAGCUAUGCUGAUAUAUCUACUACUCCAGGUCACUAUGUUUUUUACUGGGAGCUCAAAGGCAAAUACAACAAUGACAUUGCUGAAAUUGAUAGCAAUGUUUUAGUAGAAUGUUGCUAUAUGGUGGAGAAAUCAUUGAACAAUCUUUAUAAAGACUAUAGGAGUAAAGACGGAUCAAUUGGAGCUCUAGAGAUAAGGGUGGUGCAACAAGGAACUUUCGAUGCUCUCAUGGAGUCUUUUAUAACUCGAGGUGGUUCUUCAACUCAAUACAAAACGCCCAUUUGCAUCAAAUCUUCUGAGGCCUUAAUGAUUUUAGAAAAAAGGGUUCAAGCUCGGUUUUUUACCGAUAAGUCUCUCAGUUGA